GGCUCCCGCGGGACGGCGGCCGCCCCCACCCCCGGCCCGGCCCCCAGCACCCCCGGCCCGGCCCCGGCGGCGGCGGAGGGAGGGCGGAGGCGGGCGCGGGCUGCACCUGCCGGGCGGCGCGGCGGGGCUCGGCGGAGCAAUGCCGGCAGCCACGGCGCCGGGGCUGGACGUGCCCCGGACCCCCGCGCCCGGGCGGGACAGCGGCGGACCCCGCGGAUACACAGCGCAGUGCAGCCACGUCGUGCCCCCCCAGCUCGGCACGCUGCAGAUCCUGCACGGCAACGGCACGGCCGUGGGGACGGUGAUCGCCUUCCAGUGCUCCGCCAAGCACCAGCUGGAGGGACCGGGCAUCAUCACCUGUGUCUGGAAUGGGAACGAUACCCACUGGACAGCCGGAACGCCCUCCUGCAAUCCCAUAUCAAAAUAUGAGACUUUUGGAUUUAAGGUCGCAGUGAUUGCCUCCAUCGUGAGCGGUGCCGUCAUUCUGCUGAUGUCCAUGGCUUUUUUAACUUGUUGUCUUAUCAAGUGUGUGAAGAAAAGUGAGAGGAGGAGGACUCAAAGAGAUAUGCAGCUGUGGUACCAGCUCAGAACUGAAGAACUAGAGCACAUGCAAGCUGCUUACUUUGGUUUUAAGGGAAGAAACAAUAACAACAACAAUAAGAAACUCAGGAACAAAUCUGUAUUUGAUGAUGUGGCUAACGUGGCAUAUGAUAACCAAGGCUUCUACAGGUUCCAGGAGGAGUGGACUCGGGACACCACAGCUCCUGUGUGCUGCAAAGACCAGGAUCACCUGCCCAAGUUAACCAAGAGCCGUAGUGCACCCCUGAACCAAGCGGUACCAGGACCCCGCGCUGCAGUACAGAGCGUGGAUACAAUACAUGUCGUUGAAGUCUACAGACAUACGGAUAGUUGUAACAAACCAAACUGUCGGAUACCUGGAUAGCUAGUGGCUGAAAUACAAUCGCUCCUCUGGACCAAAAUGAAAUUUGGAUAGAAAUAUGUGCCUUAAAGACAACAUAGAAAGUUAAUUAUUCAUAUGAAUUUGGAAGUUUUCUAUAUUCCAAGAUGGUUAUUUAACAGAAAUGCUUCAAGGUCUGCUAUGAAUAAAAAAAUGAAUGCUGAGGCUGGCAGUCCAUAGCCAUUCUCUGUGGUGUGCUAUGUAUCAUGACCAUGGCAAAAGCAUGAUAUCAUCCUCCUCUACAUCUAGAGAAAAGUGGUAGCCAGUUUGUAUAUUUGCCUCAUACAAAAUCACUGAUCAUAAUUACGCAUUCAUAAAAUUGCAACCUUCUUUUAACCAGUGUUUUUUGUAAGCAUUUCGGAAUGAAAAAUCCCCCAUAUUUUUACACAGUAGUAUGAUAGAACUACAAUAAAUUUUUUGUUUUAACUAAAAUCCCCUGUUGUUGCAUAUCAGGAAGGCUUUUUUGUUCAGUUCAGCUGCUGCUCAUUGAGAGACCUUGUGGGACUGGGUGCAGCUGAGGCACAUCCAGCUCCAGCAGCCUGUGGAGAGGGGGAGCGAUGAGGAAUGUGCUGCCCCAUGAGGGCUCGUACCUCAUUUUAUCCAUUUUGAAUAGUUAAGUAACUGAUAUGGCUCUUACUCUGCUGUUUAUAGGCACACACAUGUAUAUCUGAAAGUCACAGUAUAGUUAUUUUUGUUCAAGUUGAAGCCUUUUUUAUUCUCUUGUCAUCAGCUGUCUAAUGGGUAUUGUCACAUUCCUGUAAUGAUGGAAAUACGAUCUUACAACAAACCCUGGUAAGUGUUUUACGGUAUGUCCCACUUGUUAUGAAUCAGGAGUCCUCUUAAGCCCUUCAGUUCUGAAGUUUCAGUUCUGAAACUCAAAUUAUUGUAGCUUGCUGGCAGGCCUAGAAAUACCCUGUUCCAUCCUGGCCAUACUUGCCAGAGAUCAAAACCACAAUCUUGAACUUCAUCUGUGUGGAAGUCACAGCAAAGGAGCUUCGGGUUUGUUCCUAAUAAGCUCCGUUAUGUACAUUUCAACAGCCUGCACCGCUACAAUGCACUCUGCAUAUGUGCUGCAAAAAGAAUAAUGGAUAUACUUCUCAACACUACUUCCAGUUAAGUUCUUGAUUCAUUAAUACUAGCCAAUGCUUAUCAGGACAUAUUUGUGCUGUGACCCAUUUUGUCUGCAGUUUUUCGGUACCCUCCCAGGCCCGUGCACCCUCUGUACCCAGAUGUGCUCCUGCAUCCCCUGCACGCUCUCUGGCUGCGAUGGGGCCCCUCCGGCUCCACUGCCCAUGCCAGCCCGGCUGCAGCCGCCCCAGCAGCUCGCAGGGUGGCUGGUGAUGUUUGGGAGGAUGCAAAGGGCUUCGAAAGAUUUUGGGAAGAUGGGUUAUAAAGUCUCAAUGCAAGGCAGUUCCUGAGGGACGAGGUGGAGGCCCUAGCAGGGUGUUCUCAAGUGGAAAAUGCAAUGCAAGGAUGUGAAAUCUCUGCACAAAGAUGUGUGCUCCAGCCAUCACAGCAGCAGCUCUGCCUCACUGCUGGCGUGGGGCUGCCUGGACGGACAGUGGGGAUGGCAGGACAGUGGGGACAGAAGGGACGGCAAGACAUCAAGGAUGCCAGGGCAGCAGGAAAUGUGUCAUGAGGAUGGAGCCAGGCUCUUCUCGGUGGCAACCAAUUGCAGGACAAGGGGCAAUGGGUUCAAACUGGAACACAAGAGGUUUCACUUAAAUAUGGGAAGAAACUUCUUCCCAGUGAGGGUGCCAGAGCCUGGCCCAGGCUGCCCAAGGAGGUUGUGGAGUCUUCUUCUCUGCAGACAUUCCAACCCGCCUGGACACCUUCCUGUGUAACCUCAUCUGGGUGUUCCUGCUCCAUGGGGGGAUUGCACUGGAUGAGCUUUCCAGGUCCCUUCCAACCCCUGACAUUCUGGGAUUCUGUGAAUGGCAGGACAGCAGGGACAGCAGGACAGUGGGGACAGCAGGACAGCAUGGACACUGGGCUCCAUCAGCAGAGGAAAGUGCCCCUAGGCCCUGGUUGAGAACAGGGCUUCAAUUGCAUCCAUGGUGAAGGUCUGCAAGAGGAUGAAACAAAAACAAAAUGUGGGAAGAGAAGGAGCAUAGAGAGGAAUAAAGGCUGGGAAAACCAGCCAAACAUCUGAGAUGCUGCUAUGCAAAUGGCUGGUACAUUAGAAUUAAAUGCAAAAAGAAUUAUAGAAUGAUGGAAUGGUUUGGGUUGGAAGGGACAUGUGGACACUGUCUAGUCCAAGCACCUGCUAAAGCAGAUUGCACACGAAUGUGUCCAGGCAGGGUUUGAGUAUCUCCAGAGAAACAGCCUCCAGACUUUCCAUGUAAUAAAAUGUACAACUUACUGAGAGUUACAAGUGCUUGUGGGACAAAUGAUAGGACUAGGACCUCGGCAUGGUAAGUUAAUAGCUUGUUCCAGUAGGACAGGUGAGAAGAACAGCCUAUACAUUCUCUGAAGUUCAGCAUGAGUUGAAAUGCUUAUUAAUUAAUGUCUGCAGCUGGAGAACGGAGGGCAAAGGAGUGUGGGCUGCUGGGCGUUGAGCACCUACUCUACAGAUCGGAGGAGGAGCUGGCAGGAGUUUGCCUGGGGAAAUAACAGAACCGUCUUUAACAUUGAGUGGCUUUAUUAGUCUAAUUCUCUGCUAGAAAGUGUCCAGCCACCAGGAGUUCAAAUAAAUGUCUCGGUGACUGCUUUAUUUGCAAAGGUGGCGGGAAAUGGGGUGGCAGUUGCUUUUGACUAUAGCAAGGAAAAACUUGUUAAAAAUCAAAAGUGACAUUUGGGCGAAUGUGAUAAGAAGUAACAUUACAUUUUUAAGAAAAAGAGGAAGAGCAGCAGAAUAAGGAAAAUGGACUUUAAAAAGGCGAACUUUGACUUACUGAAUAAGUACAAAGGAUCUAUGAAGAAACAAUCUGAUAGAGCUGGCAGUCACUAGCAGCAAGUGUCUAAGGGCAUGCCAGGCAAACUGAUGCAGAGGACAGCAAGAGCCUGACAACAGCUGUCUCAGGAACUCUGAGAACACAAAAA